AGUAGUUGAUAACGUAGUCCGGAAGGGUUGUUUGAAAGGGCGCCAAAACGUUGCUCAUGGAAAGGCGUACUUAAAGUUUUUCUUUUUGUUCGUUUAAUACUUUAUUGAUUAUACGAAAUCAACGCAGCCAUCUUGUAUCUCGUUUUUUCAAUUUCCCGUAACAAUCGCAGCGGCGGUCUCGGUCUCUCGGACGUGUGUCGUCACGUCCACGGAGGAGUGGCAUUGAGGAUAAACUCGACUACCAUAUUAACAAGGAAGUAACGAGACAGACAGACGACAACGACGAUGACUUCCACGUUCCGUUCGAGCGACAUUCUCCAGCAAAUGGACUUCGCCAUGAUUGGCACCCACUUCGCCUCCGGCCCGCUGCAAAUUGACCAGGAUUUUGCGGGCAUCAGUGGCGUACACUUCAACGGCAGUGGGUCGCAGCAACAGUACGCCAACGACGGAGAGGUGACGUUGCAGCCCAACGGCAUGCCGCCGUCGUGGCAGAGUAUCGCUGCGCCUGGGUCGACCGUGGCCGAUUACCUGUCUCAUUUGCCGGCCACCCUCACCCUGCACCACUUCCUCAAAUACUCUGGAGAGGCCGUCUGCAAGGACGCUCGCGACGAGACAAAACCCCCUAAGAAGAGGAAAAAACAAGGCAGACAAGUGAACGCCUCGGCAGCCGCUGCAGCAGCAUCCAGUGACCGUUGUCCGUCUACGACGACGACGACGCCGUCGUCGUCGUCUCCAUCUCAGGUCAAGCCGAAGCCCGGCCAAAUACGAAUAACGAGCUGUGCGGACGGUACUACCAUGUUCGGAUGCCCGGAAUGCCGUGCCGAGUACUUAGACAAGCAUUUGCUGGAGGAACACCUGGGCACGCACGCGACGGAACGGCGGUUUGUGUGCGACAUCUGUGGAGCGGGGUUGAAGCGCAAGGACCACUUGACGAGACACAGACAGAGUCACAGUUCUGAAAGGCCGUACGCCUGUACGGUGUGCGGCAAAGCGUUCAAGCGCAAGGAGCAACUGACCCUGCACAAGGUGGUGCACACAGGUGAGAAGCGGCAUGCUUGUAUAGAGUGUGGCCGUGCAUUUUACAGGAAAGAUCACUUGAGGAAGCACGCUAGGAGUCACGCUGCCAGGAGGGAUAAAAGCGGUGGACAGACGUGCUAGUCAAACAAAUAACAAGAAGGAAAACGAGUUUAAAACGAAGAUUUACCAAUUUGUUGUAUAUUUCAUUCAUUUUCAUCCAUGUACAUAUUACAAUAUAAUAUCAUGUAUAUUAUGUAUAUUUUAUAUAUAUUAUAUUCAACUCUUGCAACUACUG